GACACCCCUCUAAGCCGGUUUUGCAACAAUGCAGCGACCGCCACUCGAAAGUUUCUAGCAGAGCAUCCAGAUUUGUGCGUACUCGAAUCCGACAAAGGGAAGAAGACAGUGGUAAUGCGGAUCCAAGACUACGAAUCCAAGAUGCUCCAGCUGCUCAACGACUCCACAUACAAGGUCAUCCAAAACGAUCCAACAACCAGUCUCCAGAAGAAAACAAACCACAUGGCCAAACGACUCCACGACCUCAAGCUGAUCGACCAUCGCACGUUUCGUACACUCCAGACAUACACUUCCACCUGCCCCCGCAUCUAUGGACAACCUAAAGCACACAAACCAGACUUGCCUUUACGUCCGGUGGUCCCCAACAUCACCGCACCCACGUACAACCUCUCCAAAUACAUAGCAACAAUCCUUCAAGACAACUUUUGCAGCCAGUACAACAUUAGGGACAGCUUCAGCUUCGCAGAAUACAUAAGCACAAUCUCAAUCCCACCGGAUCACGUACUCGUAUCCUUUGAUGUUGUGUCUUUGUUCACCAACAUUCCGAAGGAGUUGGUAAUACGAAGCAUACUACACCGAUGGCCAGACAUUAGUAGAGGAACCCGGAUCAACCUCGACCUUUUCCUCGAAAUGGUGGAAUUAUGUAUCAACAACAGCUAUUUUUGCUUUAGAGGCAAAUUCUACCAACAAACCUUUGGCACAGCAAUGGGGAGCCCCCUAUCUCCAAUCCUAGCUGACUACGUCAUGGAGGACCUGCUGGAGUCAGUGACCAAGAAGUUGAAAUUCAACGUUCGCGUCCUGAAAAAAUACGUGGACGACCUUUUUCUCGUCCUACCAAAACCCGAAGUGCAGAACACACUGGAAGCGUUCAACCAAUAUGACAACCACUUGCAGUUCACCAUCGAGAUGGAAAAAGAUGGCACCCUACCCUUCCUAGAUUCACUCGUGGUUCGACACAACGAUCAGUCCGUAACAACCAAGUGGUACUCCAAACCCAUAUCAUCCGGCCGCCUACUCAACUACCACUCUUUCCACCCAACAACCAUGAAAAUAAACGUAGCGAUGAACUUCAUAAAACGCGUUCUCCAGCUAACCACGGAUGGACAGAUCGAACAACAGAAGAAUCAAAUCUUCCAAAAUCUGAGGAGAAACGACUAUCCCUCCUCGCUCAUAAAUAGAAUGUUGAAUCGCAUUACCAGCAACAAUGCGCCUCCACCACCCACUAGCCAAAGACCACCUCCACCACCGCUAUCCCCAGGACCACCGCCACCAGCACUACCGCAAAGCACCCCAACGUCAACACAGCUACUGCCAUCUCUGCCGUCAUCACCACCUCCGCCACUGCAGACAUCACCUUCAAUGUCACCGCCAAUGCAAUUGCAACCAAGCAUCACGAAUCCACCAACAGAACAGCACCAAACGAACAGCCCACAACGAGAUCAUCAACACCAAGCCACAGAAGUUCUCUACCGAUCGAUGCCAAACAUUCCGACCUUGAUCCGCACCAUCUCCAACAUCCUGAAAAAAGAAUACAACCAGGUAAAAAUAGCCACCAGGAACAUUAAAACAACCAAAUCCCUGCUAAGACCGAUCAAAGAUCCAGUUCCCCCAAAUGAUCAACAUAACAUUGUUUAUAGUACUCCUUGCAACAACUGCGAAGGAGUCUAUAUAGGAAUGACUACGAACCAACUCAAAAAACGAAUGAGCGGACACAAAUCAGAUGUAAACAAAAUUGUAAAUACACCAACAGACAUCACACAAGCAAAAACAGCUCUCACACAGCAUAUGAUAGAACACAACCACACGUUUAACCUCGACGGUACAAAAAUAGUAGAUCGCACUCUCCGAUCCACCGCUCUACCAAUAUUGGAAAUGUGCCAUAUACAAAACACAUCCAAUACUAUAAAUUUCCGCACCGAUGUAGAUGGACUCAAUACUGCCUACGCUGGCAUAUUGCACACAAUUAAAACAACCAACUCUCGCAGAGAACAACUUAGAAAUAGUACACACAACACACACUAUUAGUUUUAGAACAAGUCCAAAGUACGAUAAAGCCAAAAACUUUAUCCAACUGCACGAAAGCUCCACCUUGCCUUACCCGCCAUCUUUUAACCAACCGUAGAAUAUCAUUUUGUAAUCGUACAGUCCAGGUCGUUGAUAAUAGGUGUGUCCAGUCCAGUGUCCCCAAACAAAAUCAAAUAGUUAUUUCGCAUACAAGAAGCCCAACAUGAAAAUUGCGGCAUAUAUAAAUGUAACGAAGAACGACAGACAGUGUAGGUGUAGUUUUAUGUUAUGUUUUCUGUUCUAUGUUGUAAUACCAAAAAUGUAUACUCUAUUUUAGUUUACCCUUGAAAAAGGCCAAAUAAACAAGGCCGAAACGUCGGGCAAUACAAAACUAGUCGUUUUGAAUUUCCCCAGACUGAGAAAGCCAGUUAAAAUGCACAAUUUAAUGCUGAUUUCGAAACCAACCUUCAAAAAAAUUUAAGUAGAACAGUUUUUGAAUUUUAGCUCAAUAUCGAGUUUUGCAACUUUUUAAAAUAUGUAAUUCACUAAAAUUCAAAUAUAUUGCGUUUUGUUCAACCAAUUUUAAAUCUUUUUCCAUAAAUUAAAAGCUGAAUACAAUACCAUUCGAUCAUCUAAAUACAGGUUUUGCGUCAGAUUGGUAAAAUUCAAGAUAUUGACGAGUUUUAGGGACGAUCUUCUUAAAUUUUAGCAAAAUUCCCAAAAUUUUUUUGAAGAAAUGUAUUUUUUUUUCUAUAUGAAAAAACCAACUUAAAAAAUCUUUCUCGACGUUUAUUCGACAUAUCAUAUGUAGGCGAGUUACAGUAAAAAUUUCAGCUCAACCGGAGCAUUGAUUACGGAGAAUGAGGUGUUUGAAGUGAGCGACUUUGCUUAAAAAUAGAACAAAACUCUAUUUCAAAUCAUCAACCUUGUAUGGAAAGUCGAAAAAAAAUUCCGCUCUACUGUAAUUUUUUUUUCUUUCGCGUUUUCGAACUCAGGGCAUGAUUCUACACCAAAAAUGAUCAUCAGCUUACCGAGGUCAAAAAUGCUGUAAACUAGUGUUACCAGGUAACAGAACUUGUUAAUAUUUUGUUAUCCGCCUUUGCUCGGGCUUUCUACUGCUCCGAUAGCUGUUCGACUUUCUCGAACCGGUGGAGACAGGGGGACAUUUUUACCAGGCAUCUUGAAGAGCUCUAAUGCGAUAUCAUCCUCACUAGCUGAGUUGCUGUUUUAAGGCAUCCUUAACUUCCCUUAGCCUAGGAGUUUGUUCGUUUCCGUUCCGUGCUACACUGCGCAAGCCGGAUAAAUAGCCAUUUUGUCUGUUUUGCGAAUGGCAAUACCCAUGCUAGAAUAUUAGAAACGGUGAUAGAAGUCUACUUCCACCUGAAAUGCAGACCAGUAUGAUUGACAAGUUUUCGUGAGCAAUAUGAUCGUGUCUCUCUUUUUCAAAGAAUAGUCCACUUAAUAAUCCUUGAGUAAUUAUUAGUAAUACUAUUGUUUUGCUUGCUUUCAUUUACUAAGAUAAAGUAGACACGAGAUCCCCAAAUUGAUGAUACAUUUUCUGAGAACUCCCACCAGCACGUAACAAUAGACCAGUCUGCGCCAGCAGGAAAAAGUGAAUUGACAAAUAUAAUGAAAACAAUUGAAUGACGCCAGAAGAAAUCGUAGACUCGCUGAUAAGCAAUGCCUGGUAAGAUCCAGAAUAUAUACGACGGGUGUAGUAUAAUCACAAUCUGUCAACUGGUGGAACUCGUUUACCCCUCACUUGAGAAUGAAAGAUUAGAUAAUUUCUCAUAUUACUUGCUCGAAUUGCAACUCUUGAUGAGAGGUUGGAAAUCAUUAUUAUUGGAUAUAUUUUUGAUUUACGCUGUUUACCCCUUCACAAUCGCUCGCAUGGACCGUACUCAGACCCUACUGAUAUGGGGGUAUUGAUUGAGGAAACGACGAAAUCAAGCCGAAUUGAAACUCAUCAAACCGUUUAUUACUCAAUGGGUAAACAAUCACUAGUUGUAGUUCGAUAUUGACACAUAUUGGGAGGCAAAGACGGAAGUUUCCUGUAAACACGAACGCAUGGGAAAAUCCGCCGCUCGGCGGGCGAUAAAGCUUAUUACUACAUCGCGGGUACAGAUAAGAUUAGAAUAGUAAGUGCAGGUAAAUCAAAUUCAACGGCGUAUUUCAAACCCAAAAAAGGCGAUAGCACAGACAGACUGGAUACAGAUUUGUCGAUUGCCAGCCAGUUGAUAAAAAUAGAAAUUCCGAUGCACAACCGAACCGUAGUAACGUCACUCAGCCACGAUAAUCUCUGCACACGUGCUGUGUCGACCGACGCGGAUGGUAGGCCGGGAAUCCCGGGGGUGGUUGUGAGAACAUUUUGCCCAACUGCACGUCAUUAUAAGUAUCCGUUCGGACGAAUGGACGCAAUUGCAUGGCUCUAGCUUAAAUAUGAAUCUACCUGAUAGAUAGAACCCGAGCGAGCACUCAGCAGAGAGUAUAUACGAGCAAGCAGGCUUAAUGGUGGCCAAUUAGUGCGGAAUGCUGGUUGCUAUCUUAUCAAAACUUCGUCCACCACGGCACCCGUCCGAGCCAUCGCACAUCGGUCACACUACAUAUGUGGGUCGUUCCAUGCGAAAUCGGCCACGAGCUCUUAUCGGGUUCCACCCGAGUCUCCAGGUUUACUUUUAUUUACACUGCUUGACAUUUUUUCAAGAAAGUUCAAGCUAUGGUAUGAAACCCAAAAUUACCCAGUAGGUUCAAAAACUUUUCAGGAGGCGACCCCCCUAGCUACUGGGCUAACUUUUCACGACCCAUCAAGGAAAAAAUAAAACUUAAAUACUAAAAUAAUAAUUAAACUUUUUCAAUGAACGGAGAUAAACUGUGCAAUUUUAUGAUAUAAGAGGGAUUUACUUAACAGCGUGAAUCGCUGAUUAAAGAUAAUUCUUAUUAAACGAUUACCAAGGCAAUCUUUGAAUAUUUCAUUCGCAAUUGCUCUAAAACCCUUAAGUAUCAUCCAACAAACAUAACAAAAUAAAACCAUAAUCAAUACUUAAACCAAUAACGACUGAGUGUGACUGUCUCUCGCGACCCUUCCUUGGAAGUCCGGCGAUCCCCGGAGGGGGUCGCGACCCACAGUUUGGGAAACUAUAGAAUCGUAAUGAAGGAAUUUUUUGAAAAUGUUGCAACACAACUCCACGGUUUAAAAACAAUGUUUGAAUGGGGAACUAGUGGUGUUCAGUAAAAUAAAAGAAUUAUAUGUGACACAUUAGUUCUUUUUCAACCGUUUGAAUUUUAGAUGAUAUUAUGUUUUUACCUAGAAAUAUUAAAAAAAUAUAGUGUCUUUACAUGAAUCUUUGAAAAUCACAGAUUUUUUUUAUUGGAAAAGCUAUUUAAACAUCAGUCUGAUAACCCUUUAGUGACGAACAAGCACAAUAGUGCUGUUGAGCGAUAACAGUUUUGCAUAUUUUUUUUUCAUCUGUUUAGUCUUUGUUUCAUGUGAUGUAAACUGUUUUAUGCAAUUCAGUAUCAUAAUUUCUAUUUAAUACUACCCAUUUCAGUAUCAUAAUGACCUACUUUUUCGUACCGGUUCAUUAUACAACUGAAAUGAGUUGCAUAAUGAAAUAUAGUUGCAUUAUG